AUGGCACACUACCAGGGCGUCCCCGUGACACCCUUCAGCGACUUCUGCAAGCGUGUCGACGCCCUCUCCGACUCCGAUCUCGCUCACAACCUCCGAGAGUGGGAACCCUCGCACCAGAUCAGCCUCGCUCUCAAUCAACUGUCCAGCGCCAACGCGUACCUCAGGUCGCAGUGUGGCAUCUCGGGGCCACUGAGACCCUGGAACCGGCCCACGUCACCACGCCCGCACCAUGCGCACCUCAGCCCAGGCACCUAUCGCCCGUCAUCCCCGUACACACCGCCACGCACCCCCACCGUCGAUGCCGCCGCCGCCGCCACCGCCCAUGCUCUCGAAGUCAAGCUGGACGACGUCAAUCGCCAGCUUGCACAGUGCAAGAAGCUCCUGGCUAGCGCCCAGUCCGAGGUAGCUUCCCAGCGCGCCACCCUCGCGGCGAGCAACAAGACCGUCCAGGAGCAAGAGGCGACGCUGUCGACCAACACCAGCACCAUCAAGUCACUGCGCCAACGCCUCGCGGAGCAAUACCUUGCCGUCGGAAAGAACAGCGCCGCUGAGGACCAGUAUGCCAAGCUAGAGGACCUUCAGAAGCAAGAGGCCAAGCAGCGACGAAGCUGGCAUGAUCGGAGUGGUGCCCGGGCAGCGGAGGCGAGAGAGCUCGAGUUCGAGUUGGCCAAGGGCAGGGCGCUCUUGAACCAGGAGAAGUACAAGGAGGCAGAGGCCGGUUUUAGGCAUGUGCUGCGACGGAGGAAGGAGCUGUUUGUCGACGAAGGUGUCACGCAAGCAGAGACCAGGGAGGCACAGUUGUUUCUCUGUGAGGUUCUGAGGAAGAGCGGCAAAGACGACCAAAUGUGGGAGGCCGAGGGGCUGCACCUUCGGAGCGAACCGCUUGUUGGGUUGGAUACCAUGAGCGAAGCUGACCGGGAAUGGUCGCUCACAAACAUCGUGACCUUGGCCCAGCUCUACGCUGAGCAGAAAGGGAACAGGUUGGCGGUCAGUAAACUGUCCAAUGCGUGGCGGUGGCGGCACGUGGUGGCUCGCUCGUUCCGAGAAACCAUGGAAGACAAGGCUUUCACCAUCAUCGGUAUUUUCGAAAAGCGAGGGGAAGCCGCAGCCGCAGCCAAAACCUUUGAGGUUGUGUACCCGGAUCGAGUCGCCGCACUGUCCGGCAACGCGCUUGCUACGGCCGCACGCCUGGGGGUAGAGCUGUACAACCAGGGCGGCAACGACGAGAAGGCCACGUCAUUCCUCAAGCAAACCUGGUCGCAGCGAAGAAAUCUUGACGAGUCUGUCCAACGCACCAUUGGGUGGACUCUGGCCAUCAUCCACAUACAGCAGAGUCGGUGGAACGACGUGCACGAUCUCAUCAUGGAGUUCCCACCACGAAGGCCAGGGUCUCCGACAUCAGACCCAAGCGAUGACGCUGUGCUGGCUCUGCUGGCAUACACGCAACUAAACCUGGGCAACAUUGCCGGCGCUGAGAAGAACUCUCGGGCGCUUUAUACCAAGCAUGGCGUCAACAAUGUCUCCUCGGGCUUCAGAUGGCACCACGCCGACACUCUGAUCCGCGCGCUAACGAAGCAGAGAGAUGAGAAGAAGGGCCACUAUCGCUUUUUCGAGGCCAAGGAUGUGUGGUCGAAUGUCUAUGAUGCGACGUUGGGCCUGGGUCUGGGUGGAUUGUCGGACUCGGCACGUAAGGACCUGCGGCGACAUGCUGAUGCCGGUGUGUUUCUGGCAAGCGAGUGGCGUGACAGCUGUGAGAAACGGUUGAAGAAGCCCAAGAGCGCGGAUGAGGUGAUGAGCCAAGCGGAGACGAUGAAACGGCUGGCCAGAUAG